CCAUUCAAUCCUCUAACAAUGGCAGCCGGAGCCCCCGGUAUCCCCAACCCACCUCCCUAUUAGGAUCAUCAUCACCAUCACAACUAAUACUACUGCUACUGCUGCUGCUGCUUGCUGCCAUUGAUGGGUAGGUCUCCCUGUUGUGAGAAAGCUCACACUAACAAAGGUGCCUGGACUAAAGAAGAGGAUGACAGGCUUAUCACCCACAUCCAAGCUCACGGCGAGGGCUGCUGGCGCUCCCUUCCCAAAGCUGCUGGACUUCUCCGUUGCGGCAAAAGCUGCCGUCUCCGCUGGAUUAAUUAUCUGCGCCCUGAUCUUAAGCGCGGCAACUUCACUGAUGAAGAGGAUGAGCUCAUUAUCAAGCUACACAGCCUCCUUGGUAACAAGUGGUCUCUUAUAGCCGGAAGAUUACCAGGGAGAACUGACAACGAGAUCAAAAACUACUGGAACACCCAUAUAAGGAGGAAGCUACUGAGCAGAGGGAUUGACCCCUUGACGCAUCGACCCAUCAAUGAGCCAGCUGUGGACGUAGCCACCGUCUCUUUUGGUGGAGUCCUGAAGAAGGAAGAGGUGAUGAGUAGUGGGUUUGGAUGCAAAAGCCGAAACCCAGAUGAAGAAAACUGUCCAGACUUGAAUCUUGAGCUCAGAAUAAGCCCACCCCAUCAUCACCCCUCUCCGCCAGUACUGGACAGCAGAGAAAGGAGGAUGCUUUGUUUCUACUGCAGCCUGGGAUUAGAGAAGAGCAAGGAGUGCAGUUGCAGCAGCGGGAGCGGUAAUGGCAGCAGUGAUGAUUUCUUGGGUAUGAAUAAUGGUGUUUUGGAUUACAGAAAUUUGGAGAUGAAAAGAGAUUGAAAUUUGUAACUGUAAAAUAGACACAAAGGAGGGGAGAAAAGUAGACUGCUAUCAGGGAUGAAUUCCCUUCCAACUGUUCAAUUCUCUAUCCCCUUGAUAUAUGUAAUUAUUGAGUUCAUGAUGCAAGCGUUGAUAAUUUAUUACCUAUGGAAAUUGUUCUGCAAAAGAUUGAGGAAUGUCUGUUCAUAUAUUGAAUCAAAAUAUCCUAUUGCCUUAA